CGUUUCUAAUUAAAAAUUUUAGAUUUAAUCUGUUGAAAAUGAAAAAAAAAAAAAAAUAACAUAAGCGUCGAUACUCCUAAAAUGAGCCUUGCAGUAGUAAUUCAAUUUUGAUUGAACUACAAUACAAAUAUCUGAUGCCAAAUUAAAAAAAAAAUGAAAAUUAUUAUGAAAUUUCCAAAGUGUGUUCAUAUACAAACACAAAUAUUGACUAAGCACUAAUAUCUUGACCAACUAGACAUAUAAAUUAACACAAUUCCUUUUAGAAAAUUUGCCAACAACUUCAACUACAUACAAAAAAUACAAUUCCAAAAAAUUCUCUCCCUCUCUCUCUCUUCUCUCUCUCUCCAUGCCUAAACUCUUUUUCUUCAUUUUCCAUGUCUCAAAUGGAAUUUGACAUCCCAAAAAAGAUCAAAAAACCAAGAAAGUCAUAUUUUCUAGGUUGUUUUGGUCUUUCCAUGAUCGAAAAAGAGUCACUACAUGUCAAUAAAUCAACUAGUGUCAAGAAAAAAAACAAGUCCAAGUCAAAAAAAUUGUUAUUUUUUUCAAAAAUUAUAAGGAAACAUUCAUCAUCAUCAUCAAAGACUAUUCCGGUGGAUGUUUCAGAUAAUAAUAUCGACGUGGUGAAGUCGGAGAAGGUUAAAACUUCGGUGAUCGCCGGAGAUGUGACUAAGAGGGAGAAGGUUAAAGGUCAAAGUCAAACAAAAAUAGUAGUACAUGACAAGGUUGAUAAUAAGACAAAGGAUCAUAAAACUAAGGACAACAUCCACGAAAACAACAAAAGUUUGGAUCAAUUAUUAGAUAAGGUACAUGACAAUUCAACAUGUCGAAAUGAAUUUUCAAGAAGUGUUACAAUAUCUAGUACUCAUAAUUUGAGCCAAAACCUUAUAAAUUCAACAAAAGACAAACAUGAGAUCAAACUUUCCCACUCAACAUCUCUCCCACCACCAAAAGGCUGGAAAAAAUUAGUGGCGGAGACCGCCACCAGAAAAGUCAACAACGAGAAGCCAGGUCAACGACAUGUACACGUGUCGAAUAAUGACAAUUUUGACUCAAUUAUUGGCAUGUCAAUACUAAUGGUGACCCUAUUGAUAAUGUUGUUUUGGGGUAAGGCUUGUGCUAUUGUUUGUACGUGUGCAUGGUUUUAUUUUAUCCCUCGAUUUCGACACGAAAAAGAAGAGAUGGAUGCCGGAAAAAUUGGUGGCGGCGCCGGAGACGACAUCGACAUGGACUCGGAGGAGUACAAGAGGAAAGUGGUGUUGGACGGAUUGUUGAAGAGAAACCAUAGGAAUGGUGUUGGAGUUUUGUAGGUAUUUUGGUAGUGAAUUCUAAUUUUUUUUGGUCAUUUUGGAUGGGAUAUUUUCUAUUUAUUUAUUUUGAAAAAAAAAAAAAGAGAAGGGAAAAGAGAAAGGGGAAAUACUUUUUUUUUUUUUUCAUUUGGAUUGAAUAUUUUUGUGUAAAUUUUUGACAUAUAUGGAAGUGUUCAAAAGAGAUGGUUGUUUGCUCUAGAA